UCGCACAGUAAACAAACAACGACGCGACGACGACGACGAAGAUAACGUGACACGACGUGCCAUCGAUACCUGUGCGCUCUAUUCGUUACGACGCAUUAUCAAAACAUAAUCUGCAAACGGAUCGGAUUAACGUUAUCGCCCCCCCUCGGCCGCUCGAUCAUCCGUGCCCCGGCGGCACCGGCGAUCAGUCAGGACUCGACGAUGGUCCGUUACGCGUUCGUCACGUUCGCUUUGUUGUUCGGCGCGGCGGCCCCGCGGCACCGGCUCGACGUGGCCGGCCAGUCGAACGGCCUGCAGCAGCCCGCGGCGUCGUACCACUCGGACGUGGCCGGCGGCGCGAGAGCCGCGGCCGCGGACGGCCGGGACACGGCGGCCGCCGCGCCGGCCAGAGGCGCGCACAGGUUGCCGGCCGGCGUGACGCCCGUGUCGUACGCGCUGCGCGUGGACACCGACCUGGACGGGCUGUCGUAUUCGGGCAGCGUGGACAUCAUCGUCGUGUCGACGGUGACGCCGGAACUGUGCCGGAUCGUGCUCAACUCCAAGGACGUCCGGGUAACGGGCGUCUGGGUGACCGACGCGAACAACAAGAGCAGGGGGCUGACGGUGGCCGACUGGCGGCUGGCCGACGGCGACGAGCAGCUGAUCGUCACGAUCGGCGGUGGCAGGUGCCUGUUACCGUUUCGGCGGUACGCGGUCGCCGUCGACUUCGAAGCGCCGCUCCGGGACGACAUGUCGGGCUACUACAGAAGCUCGUACCAGGACGGCAACGUCACCAAAUGGUUAGCCGUGACGAAAUUCGAACCCACACACGCGAGAAAAGCAUUUCCCUGUUUCGACGAACCCGCGCUCAAAGCACCGUUCACGGUGUCCAUCAAAAGGAGAUCAGAUCAAAUAUCUUUGUCCAAUAUGCCGUUGUUGAAUUCCACCAAAAUACAACAUACAAACAUGUAUUGGGAUCACUACACGGAGACUCCGCCGAUUUCUACGUACUUGGUGGCGUUUUUCGUGGGCGAAUUUUACGCCAUGAAAACGCGUAACAUCGGAGUGUACACGCACAAGCGUUACGUGAAGCAGGCCGAAUACAUUGCGGAAAAAUCGCCUAAGUUACUCGAAGCGAUGGAGAACUUUACAGGAGUGGAUUACACGUUACCCAAAUUAGAUUUAUUGGCGAUUCCGGACUUCGCAGCAGGUGCGAUGGAGAAUUGGGGUUUGAACACAUACAGGGAGAGGCUGUUAUUAGUAUCAAAAGAUUCCAAAACAAAAACUAAAGAGUUUGUGACGACAGUCGUACAACAUGAACUCUCUCAUCAAUGGUUUGGAGACCUCGUGACGUGCGCGUGGUGGGACUAUUUGUGGCUGAACGAAGGUUUUGCUACAUAUUUCGAAUAUAUGGCAACUAAAACGGUUGAACCGGACUGGCGGUUAGAGGACGUGUUUGUAUACGAAGUGCAUCAAUCAGCCUUGGACGCAGACCAAAGUCCGAUGCACGCAAUAUCCAGUUCUGUCGAGACCCCGGCACAGAUUCGGAGCAUGUUCGACGACAUAUCCUACAGUAAAGCAGGGGCGGUGCUCCGUAUGUUACAGUACGUGGUGACCGAGGACUAUUUCAAAAAGGCGUUGAACCUAUAUCUAAAAAAGAACGAGUUUAAAGCGGCAACACCCGAAAAUCUGUGGGACGCGUUUGAAAACGUACUUUUUGACGUUCAAUUUGAUUUGGGAGAAAGUGUAACCGUCACCGAGUUCAUGAGAUCAUGGACGGAACAGCCCGGUUAUCCGUUGGUUGAAAUCGUCAGAAACAACGACACGUUUGUCAUAACUCAGAAACGGUUUUUGGUUUAUGGUUCUAACAAUACAACCAACAAUAAUGCAACGGAAUGGAUUAUCGGUCUUACUUACACGACGCAAAAUAGAAAAGAUUUUAACAGCGUUUUACCUAAGACAUGGCUGAAAGAAAACAAGACUGUUUUGACAGAUCGAAAUGGAACCGGAUGGUAUAUUUUCAAUCUACAGUCAAUCGGGUUUUUUAGAGUUAACUAUGAAGAAGAAAAUUGGAAUGCCUUAAUAAGUCAGCUGCAUAAUGAUUGCAAUGAAAUACACGUAUUGAAUAGGGCUCAGCUGAUAGACGACGCGUUUAAUUUAGCCAAAGCAAGCCGAGUGGAUUAUAGACUGGUUUUGAGAUUGUCGGAAUAUCUGAAAAACGAAAACGACCCGAUUCCGUGGUAUUCGGCUCAAAGUGGAUUCGCGUAUUUGAUGAACCGUAUGAGACGUUGUCCGAACGGUUACAAGAAGCUCAAAACUUACGUGGGGCACUUGGCCGGAUUGAUAUACGCGAAAACCGAAAAUCUUGUCGUGAACCACAGCAGUACGGACCACACCGUCAACACGGGCUGGAACUCGUUCUCGAGUUGGGCGUGCAAGCUGGACAACGAGCCUUGCACACAAUCGGCUUUUUCUUACUUCCAGAAAUGGCGUCGGGGUUACAAAAUACCGGCCGAUAUCAGGGACGCGGCGUUUUGCGUAGGCGUGAAAUACGGCGAUUCGGAAGUGUGGAACAAAGUGCUCGACGUGUACAUUCGAUCCGAAUCGGCAUCCGAUCGACAGUCCGCUCAGUCGGCGUUGGCUUGUUCUAAGGAUCUUAUUCAAUUGUCAAAGUAUUUGGACUUCAUGUUUAAAGGGUAUAACGGCCCAAUUCUGCCGCAAGACUUUAGAGUCAUAUAUCGCACGUUGGCGUCGACCCCACACGGCAUCACGGCGUUAAUCGAGUUCUUGACCACCAAACUCGAUCGGAUCGUAAACGAAAUAAUCAAUGGGGAACAAGUAGCCACGUCUAUAUAUGCGUUGUUGGCUUCUAAGGCGGCUCGCGACGAUGAAAUACAAAAGAUUGACGACCUGAGGAAAAACUCGUCGGUACCGGAACGUCUUCGGCGGCAAUUCGACGCGUCGUACCGCGAUCGGGUGGACGACAACCUGGCGUGGUUCGAAGCACAUCAUUCGACGAUAGGUGAAUGGACAGCGGCCGCCGUGCUCAGACUUGGAUUGUCGGAAGACCCACAGCCAGGCAGCUAUCAUUCCACCAGCGAUGACCCGUCCGAAACGUGGACGAUCGGUACUUCCGGUGGUCGGUCCCUCGAAACGGCGUCCCCGUUCACUUGGCGUAUCCUCUUCGCAUCGGCGGCGUUGUGGCUGUGUUUGGCGCGACAUCAACUGCUGUCGUCGUGGCCAACUCUAAAUGAUAAUAUCUACACUGAAGUCCACGAAAGAAGAAACACUUACACCAAGCCCACAACAGUUACUUCAAUUAUUACUUCAGUUACUACUGCUUCUUCUUUUUCGUCGUGCACCGCAGCUGCAGUUAUGUGGAGAUAUUUUUUGGUCUACGUAUUUUGUUUAUUCCCCCCGGUCCAACAGUCAAGUGGACAGGCUGGAAAUAUAAAUCUACAAAACACUACGAACGCCGUAUUCCGGCUUCCUGGCAAUACGGUCCCGGACCAUUAUGAUUUGCGAUUUGAGUUCCAGGACUUUGAUGAUACCGAUAACUUAACGUUCAGUGGCGUCGCGAACAUAACUAUCAUUGUCGUCUCGGUCUCCAACGUCGUGACCCUGAAUCUCAGGGACCUGAACGUAACCGACGUGAUGGUUACGGAUGUCAGGGAAAACCCGAGACCUUUGGGUAUAAGCGGGUGGGUAUAUCUGACGGAGGACGAACAGUUGGAAAUUCGAUUAAAAAUGUCCAUACCGAUAGGAAAAUACUUGCAGGUGUCGAUUAAGUACGUUGGAAAUAUCAGAACUGAUAUGACUGGUUUGUAUUUGGAUUCUUACAAGGAGCGAGGUGUGACUAAGUGGUUUGCUGUAACACAAUUCGAGCCAACUUAUGCAAGGAGAGCGUUCCCGUGUUACGAUGAACCCGCGUACAAAGUAAAGUUCAACAUAUCAGUAGUUAAAAAAAAGCAUCAAAUUGCAUUGUCCAACAUGCCAAUCCAAUAUAUCGAAUCCAGUUUGGACCAAACGGAAACGGUUUAUUUCGUUCAAACCCCACCGAUGUCGAGUUACUUGGUUGCAAUUUACGUGGGUGAAUUUGUACCAAAAAGUAAUGGUAAGAAGGAUUCGUCAAUGAUAACGGUUUACACGCACCAAGAACUAUCCGAUCAAACUGAGUAUAUCAUAAACGAAGCUCCAAAACAUCUUCGUGUUCUGGAAAACUACACAAAUUUGUUGUAUAUGCUGCCUAAAAUGGACUUAUUGGCAGUACCAGAUUUGAGUUUUGGGGCGAUGGAAAAUUGGGGAAUCAAUAAUUAUCAGGAAAGCUAUCUGCUGCUAGCGAACGAAUCGAAAACGAGAAUGAAAAUGCGCUCAUCUAUAAUUGUACAACACGAGUUCACUCAUCAAUGGUUCGGAAAUCUGGUCACCUGUAAGUGGUGGGACUAUAUAUGGUUGAAUGAAGGUUUUGCGCAGUAUUUUCAAUACUUUGCUACUGGAAUGGUUAGACCCAACUGGCUUAUGGAAGAAUUGUUUCUGGUUGAAGUAUUUCAAGGUGCAUUGGCAUAUGACCAGACACCUCGACAUCCAAUAACCGCGUCUGUGAACACUCCCGAAGAGAUCGAAAACGUGUUUGACAUCAUAUCGUAUAGUAAAGCGGCGUCGGUUCUGAGAAUGUUGAAGUACUUGGUGACUGAAGAUCUAUUUAAAUCAUCCCUUCAAUAUUAUUUGAACACAUUCAGUCAAAAUGUAGCAGAGCCUUCAGAUUUGUUUGCAUCAUUCGAUAAUGUUUUAUAUGAAGCCGAUUAUUUCCUCGGAAAUGAUUUGACAGUCAAUGAAUUCAUGUCAAAUUGGACGUUGCAAUCAGGGUACCCGGUUCUAAAUAUCACGAGAAAUGCAACUACAAAUACAUUUUUAGCGACUCAAAGCCAAUUUUACAUUAAUAAAACCGAUGGAAUCGUUAACAAAACGGCGGCAUGGCACAUUGGUCUCACGUUCACCACCAGUGCGAGCAAAAAUUUCAGUUAUUUUCAACCGUCCAUUUGGACGAACAAAACAUCGGCGUUGACCGUUAUACCAGCUCCUAGAUAUGUAGAUUGGUACAUAUUCAACAUACAAUCAAUCGGUUUGUACCGAAUAAACUACGAUUUGGACAAUUGGAUGGCGCUGAUAAAGCAGCUGAACAACACACCCGCCGAUAUCCACGUGCUCAAUCGCGCUCAGCUCAUAGACGACGCGUUCAAUUUGGCAAAAUCUGGCCAACUAGACUAUUCAGUUCCGUUGCACUUGUCCAAAUAUCUGAGGAACGAAAACAAUAUUACGCCGUGGUAUUCGGCGAUGAACGGUUUCGCGUACUUGUUAGAGCGCAUGCCUCGUAGUGACGAAGGAUACGCAGACUUUAAGUCUCACGUCAGUAGCUUGGCCGGGACCAUAUAUAAUAAGCUAGAAAAUCUCGUGUCAAAUAAUAAUACUGAGUAUAAAGUGUUGAGUGCUUGGGAAACGUUUUCCAAGUGGGCGUGUAGGUUGGAAAACAAAUAUUGUACGGAAAAGGCACAACAAUACUUCAACAAAUGGCAAGCGGGAGAGAAAAUACCUGCCGAUAUCAAGGAUGCGGCGUUCUGCGUCGGAGUGAAGAACAGCAACGGUUCGUUGGUCUUUAAUAAAAUGUUUUCGUUAUACAUCAACACGAAGUCAUUAUCGGAAAAAUCUUCCGUUGAGUUCGCUCUAAGUUGUUCUACUAACAGGACACAGCUAUCUGAGUACAUUAAUCACAUAAUAGAUGGUCAAAUUGAGAAGAGAUACUUCAAAUCUGUUAUAUCUGUAAUAUCGGCGACACCGUUAGGUCUCGAUGUGUUAUACGAAUUCCUUUCAACUAAUUUGAACAUAAUUUUGAAUGAACUACCUGAUGGUAAAGGCGUCGCAUCAUAUAUUUACUCAACCCUAGCUACCAGGAUGACUAACGACGAUGAAUUUGAAAAACUAAACGAUUUGAAAAACAAUUCCACUGUGCCCGACUCUGUAAGAUUGUCGUUUGAAAAAUCUUAUGAAAAAAUCAACUAUAACCUGGCGUGGUUUGAUAAGUAUGCUGAUGGAAUUAACAGAUGGAUAUUAGAAAAUCAAGAACUAGAAACACAAAGUACAGAAGCCGAAACCACAUCGACAGCAGUGAUGUCUACUACGUCACGAGUAACGGAUAAUCAAACGUCUACGACAAAAUUAUCUACAACUUCUCCCAUGCCAGUUACUGAAUAUGUAAUGACGACUACACACAAGCCACCCAGUGCAGCGCCGGAUGUACAUAUAAGUUAUAUUAUAUUAAUUUCAUUGGUUUUAACAAUUUUUAUUCUGAUAUUUUUUAAAAAACAAUCCGCCGUUGUCUGUUCGACGGAAUCGUCAGACGUGUCGAUAACAUACGUUAUGUGUACUAAAUCGGUAAUAACGAUCGUCGUACUCGUUUCCGUAGUCGUCGCGGUCCAUCCGAUUGCUGGAUCGGCGGAGGACCAUCGGACGGCUAAAGCCGAAUCGGCCGAAUCGCCGUCGUACCGGUUGCCGCGCGAUACGCAGCCGUUAGCGUACGGCCUGCGACUGGUGCCGAAAUAUGACAAAGGUUCAGACAUGUACACAUUUGGCGGUCAGGUGGAAAUUCUAAUUUACGUGAAUCGCAUCACUCCAAAUGUGACGCUGAACGCCAAGGACAUGCAAAUUAAGAGCGUGUCCAUCACCGAGUUCAAGACCCAAAAGGAUCUGGCGGUGGACUUGUACGAAUUGGACAACGACGCCGAGAUUCUGACGAUAUACGCGGAAAGUAACCUGUUGGCAGGCCGACGGUACCAGGUGAAAAUAGUUUUCCAGGGACUACUGAGGACCGACAUGACCGGUUUCUACAGGAGCUUGUACAAGGAGAACGGAGUAACUAAAUGGAUGGCUGUGACACAAUUUAAGCCCACAUACGCUAGGAGAGCAUUCCCGUGCUACGACGAGCCUGCGUAUAAAACUCCGUUCAAUAUAUCACUAGGCAGACAAGAGUACCAGAUGACAUUAUCCAACAUGCCUCGAUACUUAACUCAGAGACUCGAAUACUAUGGAUGGUGGGCGGAUCAUUUUGAAACGACACCACCGAUACCCACGUAUUUAGUGGGAGCACUUGUUGGGAAUUUGAAAAAAUCAAGUGCAAUAGAAGGAAGCUUAAUCGAUGUAUAUACGUGCAACGAUUAUUUGAAUCAAGUUCUGUACGUUACGGAAGAAACGCCGAUGUUGUUUAGCGUCAUGGAGAACUACACCGAUAGUCAAAACGAAUUAAAAAAAAUAGAUUUCAUGUCGAUACCUGAUUUUGACGGGGAUGGAAUGGAAAACUGGGGUAUAAACGCUUAUCGAGAGAAAUACAUGUUGUUCGACGACGAUUCAAAAAUGAAAUUCAAAGAGCAGUCGGUAAUGGUAAUCCAAAAACUUAACAGUCACCAGUGGUUCGGAAAUAUGGUGACCUGUGCUUGGUGGGAUUACCUAUGGUUGAACGAGGGGUUCGCUCGGUAUUUUCAGUAUUACGCGACGGAAAUGGUGAAACCAGACUGGCGGUUGGAUGAACUUUUUGUCGUAGAGCAGCAUCAGACUGCUAUGGAAUUCGACCAGACUCCGAGACAUCCAAUUACUACGUCUGUCAAGACUUCCUCCGAUAUCCAAAAUAUAUUUGAAAAAGUGGUUUCCAACAAGGCUGCGGCUAUUUUAAGGAUGUUGAAAUACAUAGUAACUGAUUCAAAUUUCCAAGAACCCCUAUUGUUGUAUUUGCAAAACUUUAAAUAUGGUGCAGUAACUCCAAGUAAUUUGUGGGCGGUUUAUGAAAACUAUUACUUUGAAAUUGAAUAUAAGUUGUCGGAAAAUGUGCCAUUCACCAAUUUCAUUGAAUCGUGGACAAAUCAACCAGGUUAUCCUGUGGUAAACGUCAUUAGAAAUCAAAGCACGUAUACAAUUACUCAUAAACCAUUUUCGGUUUGGCCGACUGACAAUAAUACUUCCAGCUGGUACAUUGGUCUUACUUACACUAAUAAUUUGGCGAGAAAUUUUAACAAUUUUAGAUCGGUUAGAUGGCUAAAACCUUACACGUCCGUAAUGUAUUUGCACGAUACAAGCCUUUGUACUUGGGUGAUUUUCAAUUUGCAAUGGACUGGAUUCUAUAGGGUUAACUACGACCUCAAUAAUUGGCAACAACUAAUAAUACAGUUGAACGAAUCAUAUAGCGAUAUACACGUUCUGAAUCGAGUGCAACUAAUCGAUGACUCGUUCAAUCUCGCUAGAGCAGGAAUGUUGAGUUAUUCAGUGCCUUUGAACCUGUCAACUUAUCUGAUGAAGGAAAACGACGAAAUACCUUGGUACACAGCCAUCGAGUGUUUGUCUUACGUGGUCGAACGAAUGCGUCGUAGUGCCGAGGGUUACGAUUACAUAAAGUCAUACGUUCGAAAAUUGGCCGAAUUUAUUUACAAAAAAACUGAAACUUUGGUUGUCCAGUAUAAAAACGAUGAUCACACGACCAUAACCAGUUGGAAUAAGUUUUCUGUGUGGGCUUGCUACUUAGAUGGCGAAUAUUGUACGAAUAACGCAAUAGCCAAUUUCCAAAAAUGGACGGAGAAAAAAAGAAUAUCGCCUGAUAUGAAAGACGCUGCAUUGUGUACAGGAAUUAAACUAAGUAAUAAUACUGAUACGUGGCAAGGUGUGCUCAAUGUUUACAUGACCACUAAAUCGGCUUCAGAAAAAAACUCAGCUCAGGCAGCACUGGCUUGUUCAAAAGAUAAAUUAAUAUUAUAUAAGUACUUGGAAUUUUUAUUUGAUUUUAAUACUGUUGGUCCAGUACGUCUGCAAGAUUUCAAAGACAUAUGCGAUGCGAUGUCUUUGACACCCCAAGGGAUCGAAGCGUUAACAAAUUUCUUAAUGAACAACCUAGAACGAAUUCUAAGACAGAUACCUACCGGAGAGAGUAUCGUUACGUAUAUGUAUAGGAUUUUAGCUUCCAAAGUAGCUCUUGAUAUUGAAAUAGCUAAGUUGACAAACCUGAAGAACGCGGCAGGAUUACCGCCGAGAAUAAAAGCUUCCUUUGAGGAAUCGUACGUACAAGUAGAACAAAAUCUAUUGUGGUAUAACAGUUACCAUACUACGAUUAACCAGUGGACAGGAGCACCCAUAGAACUAAUGACAACUAAAUCACCGGACGUAACAGUAACUUCAUCAGAUUCGACUGUGUCGUCGUCUGAUACGACUGUGUCGUCGUCUGAUACGACUGUGUCGUCUUCUGAUACGACUGUGUCGUCGUUAGAUACGACUGUGUCGUCGUUAGAUACGACUAUGUCGUCGGAAACGACUGAAUCAACGAAUGCGACUAUUUCAAUGAAUACGACUGAGUCGAUGAACACGACUAUUUUAAUGAAUACGACUGUGUCGACAGUGACCGAACCGACAAAACAAGCGCCGAUGGUUUCGGAAUUUGAUUUUGACAACCCGACGCCGCCAGCUAUAAUUUCCAAGUGUCCCCCUAAAUCUGGUAAAUCAUCGUGUCGGAGUAGCUUAGUUUUUGUCAUUAUCGCUGUCAGCGCGGCGAUGGUCGUUUUGUAAAUAUUGCAAAAGUAUAAAAUUGUAUACUUUAAUGUUUUUGAAUUAAAAAAUUAAAAUAUAUUUGCGUUUGGCACUUGCAGACAAGUGGACGUUAUUGAAAUAAUAAAAUUUGUAUUUAAUUUUUUUCUUUUUUUUUUCAUAACCGUUAUAAUAAAUAAGGUAUCUUUAUUAGGUAUCUUACCAACGUCAUAUAAAUCAAUCGUUCCAAAAAUAUUACCUAAACUGAUUGUACUUACACCUAUGUAUUGAGAAUAACUGUAAGUUAAAACAAGUAGAAAAACCGGGGGAACAUUUUCAAAAAUCCAUUUUGUAGUCAUGAAACGUCAUUUCAAAUAUAGACAUGUAAGUAGUUGUUUGAUUUAUCUACUGAAAAAAUCCUUGAUAAAUAAUUGUAAAUUCUUAUAAAUAUGUGUUAAGUUCGUAC